AUGGAGCCGGGGCUGCUGCGGCCGGCGCCGGUGAGCGAUGUCAUCGUCCUACAUUACAACUACACGGGCAAGCUCCGCGGGGCGCGCUACCAGCCCGGCGCGGGACUGCGCGCCGACGCGGUGGUGUGCCUGGCCGUGUGCGCGUUCAUCGUGCUGGAGAACUUGGCGGUAUUGUUGGUGCUCGGGCGCCAUCCGCGCUUCCACGCGCCCAUGUUCCUGCUCUUGGGCAGUCUCACGCUGUCCGACCUACUGGCGGGAGCCGCCUACGCCACCAAUAUCCUGCUCUCCGGGCCACUCACGCUGCGAUUGUCACCUGCGCUCUGGUUCGCACGUGAGGGAGGCGUCUUCGUGGCGCUGGCCGCAUCGGUGCUGAGCCUCCUGGCCAUUGCGCUCGAACGCCACCUCACCAUGGCGCGCCGGGGACCCGCGCCCGCUGCCAGUCGGGGGCGCACGCUGGCUCUGGCGGUCGCUGCGUGGAGCGUGUCGCUGCUUCUCGGGCUACUGCCGGCGCUCGGCUGGAACUGUCUGGGUCGCCUGGAAGCCUGCUCCACCGUCCUGCCGCUCUACGCCAAGGCUUACGUGCUCUUCUGCGUGCUCGCCUUUGUGGGCAUCCUGGCGGCCAUCUGUGCGCUCUAUGCGCGUAUCUACUGCCAGGUGCGCGCCAACGCGCGUCGUCUGCGGGCGCGACCCGGGGCUGCCAGGGGCACCUCGACUCGUGCGCGCCGCACGCCGCGCUCGCUGGCACUGCUGCGCACGCUCAGCGUGGUGCUCCUGGCCUUCGUCGCCUGUUGGGGACCUCUCUUUCUGCUGCUGUUGCUCGACGUGGCGUGCCCAGCUCGCGCUUGUCCCGUGCUCCUGCAGGCCGAUCCCUUCCUGGGCCUGGCCAUGGCCAAUUCGCUUCUGAACCCCAUCAUCUACACGCUCACCAACCACGACCUGCGCCAUGCGCUCCUGCGACUCCUCUGCUGCGGUCGCCGUCCCUGCAGCCGAGGCUCUGCCAGUUCCCAGCGAUCAGGGAGCGCCGCUGGGGUGUCAGGUGGCCUGCGACACUGCCUACCCCCGGGCCUCGAUGGCAGCUCUAGCCGCUCCGAACGCUCGUCGCCCCAGCGGGACGGGCUGGACACCAGCUGUUCUACCGGCAGCCCCGGCGCACCCACGGCCGCCCGGACCCUGGUCCCCGAGCCCGUGGCAGACUGACGCUCUGUCCCUGCCACUGCCCUCCCCAAGAGCUGUUUCGCUGACUUUUUUUCUUUAAUAUGGAAUUUGUAGGAAACACAACCCAAAGUGGU